CCCAGCGACCACGCCCCGCCUCCUUCCGGCUUGUCGCGGCCGCCGCCGCCGUGUGCGCAAUGACGUUUCAGUCUCCUGCGGAUCCCGGAAGUGCAACUGGAACUUGUUCGGGGCGCGGAUCCGGAGAGGGAAAGUCGUAACAACCGCACGAGGGAGUUCGGCUGGCGAGCUGGAAGGCCACGCCUCCUCCCGCCUCCCCCCACAGCCCUGUAGCUGGGGGCAGAGCUCAGAUUUAUUAUCUAGGAUAGAUUUGGAUGAACUAAUGAAAAAAGAUGAACCACCUCUUGAUUUUCCUGAUACACUGGAAGGAUUUGAAUAUGCUUUUAAUGAAAAGGGGCAGUUAAGGCACAUAAAAACUGGGGAGCCAUUUGUUUUUAACUACCGGGAAGACUUGCACAGAUGGAACCAGAAAAGAUAUGAAGCGCUUGGAGAGAUCAUCACGAAGUAUGUAUACGAGCUCCUGGAAAAGGACUGUAAUUUGAAAAAAAUAUCUAUUCCAGUAGAUGCCACUGAGAGUGAACCAAAGAGUUUUAUCUUUAUGAGUGAGGAUGCUUUGACAAAUCCACAGAAACUGAUGGUUUUAAUUCAUGGUAGUGGUGUUGUGAGGGCAGGUCAGUGGGCUAGAAGGCUUAUUAUAAAUGAAGAUCUGGACAGUGGCACACAGAUACCUUUUAUUAAGAGAGCUAUGGAUGAAGGAUAUGGAGUAAUAGUACUGAAUCCCAAUGAAAACUAUAUCGAAGUAGAAAAGCCGAAGAUACAUGUACAGUCAUCUUCUGAUAGUUCAGAUGAACCAGCAGAAAAACGGGAAAGAAAAGAUAAAGUCUCUAAAGAAACAAAGAAGCGACGUGAUUUCUACGAGAAGUAUCGUAACCCCCAAAGGGAAAAAGAAAUGAUGCAGUUGUAUAUCAGAGAAAAUGGUUCUCCUGAAGAACAUGCAGUCUAUGUGUGGGACCAUUUCAUAGCCCAAUCUGCAGCUGAGAAUGUAUUUUUUGUUGCUCAUAGCUAUGGAGGACUUGCUUUUGUUGAACUGAUGAUUCAACGAGAAGCAGAUGUGAAAAGUAAGGUGACUGCUGUGGCGUUGACAGACUCUGUUCACAAUGUGUGGCAUCAAGAAGCUGGCAAAACGAUUCGAGAAUGGAUGAGAGAGAACUGUUGUAAUUGGGUCUCUAGCUCAGAACCAUUAGACACAUCAGUGGAGUCCAUGCUGCCUGACUGUCCCCGAGUCUCAGCAGGCACCGACCGUCACGAGCUAACUUCCUGGAAGAGCUUCCCGUCUAUUUUCAAGUUCUUUACCGAAGCCUCUGAGGCAAAGACCAGUUCCCUGAAGCCGACUCUGACGCGGCGCUCCCACCGAAUAAAGCACGAAGAGCUGUAAGAGGAGAGCGAGCGAGACGGGGGAGGGGAAGCCGAGGAAGCACACUCGAGCAUAUGCAUCCACACGUCUCCCCACCGCCUGUUGUCGGCGAGCAGACUCCCAGCCCCUCAUUAGAUUGUUUUCUUCCUAGAGCACAGGGUCGUGAUAUAUACAUCUAAAUAGCGUUUUGCAUUAUUUCUAGAUGAGUGCAACUGUCAAAGCAAUAUGGGUUCACUGGUCGUGCUUCCUGCGGGCUGUGCUUGGGCUUCGCGCUGCCCGUCAGCGCGCAGAUUAAGGCCGACAGCGCCCUGCCCGGCGCGGCCGGCGCGCCUCUAAUUGCCCUGAUGGAGCCCGCGCCGGUGCUGCGGGGCGAGGGGCGUCUGCGCGGUCCUACCGCCGGCAGCCACGUAGCCGCCGCUCCGCUCCUCUCCCCCGGCCCCCCUUCCCCCUGAAUCAUGUCCAUUUCUUUUUCCCCCCGAACCGAACCGAAGGAAACUUUUAUUCUAGACUUAAAACUCCCAUUUUAAGCAGGUUUUUCCCUAAGGGCGUCUAUGUCUUUUUUUUUUUUUUUUUUUUAAGGAAGUCCCCCCCUCCCAAGCCAAAUUUAAAUUCAUAACGUGAAUUCCGUCAUGUACUGUGUAGUUUGGGGAGGGCAAAUUGUUCUCUCCCUAACGAUCUAUUUUCAUUUCGAGACCAGAAGAAAAACUGCAUUAAAAAAAUCUAUAAAGUACCCAAUCCACGUUAUCGCUGAAAACCUUGCCAAUUGAAUACGAGAUUUUACACAAGUCUCUAAUUUCAGAAGAGAUUGUUUAAGCCAAAACAUAAUGAUGAGCAAAUCUUUUAAGUACAUGUGGGA